AUGGCCAGGCCGGCGCGGUUUGGUCUGGCGACCUACAGGGCGCGCACCGCGCCUCGACAAAUGGCGCAGUUUCUCACGGUCCGGCUGCGUCACCCGCGCGGCACCAGCACGAUCCAGCUUCCGAGCAGCCACGCCACGUUCGACCUGCUCCUCGAGGCGGUGGCGGAGCAGGUCGGCGGCUGCGCGGCGGGCAUCCGUCUCUCGACGGGUUAUCCGCCCAAGGUCCUGCGGCUUGGGCCCUCGGACUUGAUCGCUGGACACAUCAACGACAUGGACACGGCUCGCUGA